AUGAUCAAGAACACGGGUGUCAGGCGCCGUCGCUAUCGGUGUGCCGAAGCAUGCAGCACUUGCAAGCGCCGCAAAGAGAAGUGUUCAGGCAACAGACCCUGUGCUCGCUGCAUCGAACGCGGGGUUCAUGUCACUUGUCGAUCUGAGCCUCGCCAGCCAUCAACGCGUUUUACAGAGUCUUACAAUCUCAAUCGUGAAGGCUCUGUCGCCGUCGAAUCAGCCAGUCGAGAUCCAAAUGUGCAGGACGGACGGCCCCAAGAGUCGCUCUAUCCUCUGGGCUUGGUGAUGAGCAAUGCCUCUACGACUUCCGUUCUCGAGACAUCGCGGCUCAUCCAAGACACCAAAGGCAAAUACAUGUUCAUUGGGGAUUCCGCAGACCUGUCGCUGCUUCAGAACAUUUGCAGUCUUGUCGGGGCAUCCAUUGGACCAUGUGCGUUUGUCGAAGACCCCUUCCGGUAUCAAAUGGUCGAGUCGGCACCGGAGGGCCCGGCGACAUGGCUCCAUGCGAGAGACCACCAACAUCCUGCCAAACCGAGUUUUGAUGAGGCAGUCUAUUUGAUUCGCCGAUAUAUCAUGGCUACGAAUUGUGUGCUGGACCUCUUCGACGAAAGCGACCUCCUGGACAAUGUUGCGAAUUGGCUUGAUAACCAUUCGGACCAUACGUCUGUCCUAAGUGCAAUUUACUACCUCGUGUUCGCCAUAGGGGCUCAGACAUGUCCAGAGGAUAAAGACGCACUGGCUAAAGUCUACUUUGACUAUGGCCGCUAUCUCACGGCGUCGUACUUUAUGGAGGACCCCAUCAUUCCAACUGUGCAAGCAUACGCCAUGAUCACCAUGUACCUACUUGGAGCGUCUCGAAGAAAUGCUGCAUUCAUGUAUCUCGGGACCGCCGUUCGUGCUGCCUAUGCUCUCGGGCUACAUCGGUCUGAUAUCGCUGGGCUCUUUACUCCGGCCGAAAUCAAAACACGAGAGAGGGUCUGGAAAGUCAUGCGUAUCCUCGACCUUUUCAUGGGCGCCUCGCUAGGAAGACCUCCUUCGACGGAAGAGACACGUAACACAGAGCUGGACGAGAAUUACUCCCCAUCAGUAGAUCUGUGCGCCAUCUUCGAAAAAAUCUUGACCGAUAUUUAUGCAAAGCGAAUGAUCUCCACCGACACAGUCCAGAAAAUCAGUCAGCAUCAUCGUCGGUGGACAGCGCACUUUCAAACCGGUUUAGAUACGGACCGAAUCAAGGACGAGGAAUUUCUCGAGGGCCGACUGCCAAAUAUUGGCCUGAUACACGUCCAAGAGGCGUACUACUGGACCAUAAUACUUCUCACGCGACCGUUCUUCGUGGAAUAUGUCUCCAGUCGCAUUGCACUAAAGUCACAGAACUGCGGUGAUGGAGAAAGAAGUCCUGACCCUCUCAGGUCCUCCCACCGCAUCCAGGUUCAUGCAUGUGUCAACUCUGCGAUAAGCACAGUGAACAUGCUGAGAAAGUUACUCGGAUUCGAUGGGAUCCCGAAGAGGCUUCCCUUUGUUGUCAAUUCGAUCUUUGUUUCAGGUCUCGUACUGGGCUUGUCCUACUUCGGUGAUUUGUACAAGACAUAUCCUUUAGAUGACAGCCUUGGCACCGCACUGAAGCUGCUUGCCCUCUUUUCGCAAGACGCUGUCGCUAAAAGGAAUCUGGCGAUUCUCGAAUCGCUGCUAGAUGCCUGCAGGAUCUAUGUCCAGAAGGAAGCAAAGGAGAACAUGGCAAUACAUUCUCAGCUGGUGAGUGGGAUGUUUGGGCAAAUUCACACAGAGGAUGACAAGGAAGAUUCGGGCACGACAAAUACUCCGGAGGGAGAUCAAAGCUCUGUCGGCAAUAUCGAAGACCAGUUACGUCGACCAGCUGUCUUCAACCGUAUGGAACCACAUGAUGCUACAGACCAGGGAUUGACCAGUGUAUCCACCGUGGGCAGCAGCGGGAGUGUUGGUUUGAACACGCUAGAUCGCCCGGAAAUCAAUAACCUCAAUCUAGAGGCGAUGGCUGCUCCUCCUACUUUCCAAGACGACAUCUCGAUGCUACCUCCUAUGUCUCCAAGGACGUUAUGGUUCGGCUCCUACGAAGACAAUGUGCCUCUCUUUUCGAUGAUCGACGCACGGGAUUUUCUGGAAUAG